AUGUGUCUAUCCCGUACGCUUAGCACAGAUGUGACCGAGAAAGAAUCACUAGAAAAGUCAUUCGCUCAAGUCGUUGACGAAUUUGGGCGAAUCGAUGGAUGCGUUGCUGCGGCAGGUAUUGUCUACGAUGCACCGUUCCUUGAAGAUACCUGGGAGAGCGUCACCCGGGCUCAGAUGGUCAAUUUGGCUGCGAGACAAAUGGAGACUCAAGGCACCGGAGGCAGCAUUGUGCUGAUUGCGUCCAUCUGUGCUCACCAAACGCUGCCAACUCAACAUGUCUCCGCAUAUUCCGCUUCCAAAGGGGCUGUCAAGGCUUUAGGCCAUGCACUAGCUGUCGAGCUUGGGCCGAAGAAUAUCCGUGUGAACACUAUUUCUCCCGGAUAUAUUUAUACUGCAAUGAUCGAAGGGGUCAUGGAACGGUUCCCAUCUCUCGCAGCUCUCAUGAAAGAAGACCCGCCACUUGGGCGUAUAGGCAACCGGGCGGAUAUCAAAGGUGCAGUUGCCUACUACAUGAGCGAUGCAUCAUCGUACGUAACUGGGAAUGAUAUUCUUAUAACCGGAGGGCUGCAUGCUGGACGUAGCAAUCCACCUACGACUCUGGCCAAGUGA